GUGUGUGUGUGUGAGGGUGUGUGGGGUGUGUGUGUGGGGGCAGCAGCAGCUCCUGUGGGGACGGCCCGGGCGGGUUGUGCCUGUGUUGGGAGGAGGCAGUGCCUCUGCCUCAGCACUUAAUCGGGAGUAACUCGGAGUACUUCACUGCAGCACCAUCGCCCAGUGUUGUGUUGUAACACUGAGUAACUCUUGUAACAACAGUGAGGAUUAAUUUCGACUUGGUGAAGACACAAUGAGCCUUUGGAGUUUUAGCAUUUCAAAAGCAUUCGAUUGAACGUAACGUGCAUCAAUCUACUGUUAAUGCAAUGUACCAGGAUAAGAAAGAAGGUGGUUGAACAUCACCCGUCAAGCGUGAAUAAAAAUAGAUGUUCCUGCUGUUUCUUAAAGCUUGAAGAUAGAUUAAAGUAACAUUAAUCAUACAUCUGAAGUUCGUUCAUUGUAUUCCCACAAUGAGAGGAUUAGAACUGAUUUUGAUCUGUCUCUUAGCCCUGCUGGGAGUACCUUUGACCCUAGGUCACAGUAUGUUCACCUGUGAACCCAUAACCAUCUAUCGGUGUCAGAAUCUGACAUAUAACAUGACAUUUUUCCCCAAUAAGUUGGAACAUUAUGACCAGGACAUUGCUGCAGUUGCAAUGGAGCCUUUCCUUCCACUGAUCAAUCUUCUUUGUUCACCGGAAGUCAAGACAUUUUUAUGCAGUGCGUUUGUGCCAGCAUGUACCGAGAGCCUUCAGAUCAUUCCACCGUGCAGAAACCAUUGUGAGCAUGUUCUGCGGGACUGUGAGAAAUUGAUAGACACAUUUGGAAUCACCUGGCCAGAGGAGCUUCAAUGUGAUCGGUUUGAGGAUUGCAGUAAUGACCAGCAGAGCUCUGAGGUCCUACCAGUUACAAGCUCUCCUGUCACAGAGAAGACUCUGCAGACAGCAGUGAAGGAUCAUGGCUUUUGGUGCCCAAAGCAACUGAAGAUCCUCGCAGGCCACGACGCCACAUUUCUCGGAGUGAGCGACUGUUUGCCGCCUUGCUCCAACAUGUACUUCAAAGAAGAUGAACUGAUCUUUGCCAAGUGUUUCAUUGGCGUCAUUUCCAUCUUUUGCCUGUGUGCGACUCUCUUUGCCUUCCUGACUUUCCUCAUCGACGUCAGAAGGUUCCGCUACCCGGAGCGGCCGAUCAUCUUCUACGCAGUGUGCUACAGUGUCGUAUCGCUGAUGUACUUUGUUGGGUUUAUUUCAGGGAACAGCAUUGCAUGCAACAAGGCAGAUGAGAAGCUGGGCACCGAGGAGACUGUUGUGCUAGGAGCGCAGAACAAAGGGUGCACUGUCCUUUUCAUGCUGUUGUAUUUCUUUACCAUGGCGGGAACCGUUUGGUGGGUGAUCUUGACCAUUACCUGGUUCCUCGCUGCAGGCAUGAAGUGGAGUUGUGAAGCUAUUGAGCAGAAAGCUGUGUGGUACCACUCUGUUGCUUGGGGAAUCCCUGGAAUACUCACUAUAAUGCUGCUGGCCUUGAACAAAGUUGAAGGCGACAAUAUCAGCGGCGUGUGCUUUGUCGGCCUCUACGAUCUGAACGCUUUGCGAUAUUUUAUCCUGAUGCCCCUGUGCCUCUGUGUGGUGGUGGGAUUGACCCUGCUACUGGCCGGAAUUAUCUCUUUAAAUCACGUGCGGCAGGUGAUGCAGCAUGAUGCGAACCAGGGCAAACUGAAGAAAUUCAUGAUCCGAAUCGGUGUGUUCAGCGGCCUCUACCUGGUGCCUCUGGUUGCUCUCCUGGGAUGUUAUAUUUAUGAGCAAGCCCUCCGAACAACUUGGGAAACAACGUGGAUCUAUGACAAAUGUCAGGGUUAUUAUAUUCCAUGCCCAAAUCAGGUAAAAACUCUGACCAGGCCUGACUUGUCUCUGUUUAUGAUGAAGUAUUUGAUGACACUAAUCGUCGGGAUCCCGGCAGUCUUCUGGGUUGGCAGUAGAAAGACGUGUUCCGAGUGGGCCAACUUCUUUCAUAAAGCUCGCAAGAGAGACCCUAUAAGUGAAAGCCGGAGAGUGCUACAGGAGUCUUGUGAGUUUUUCUUGAAACACAAUUCUAAAGUGCAACACAAAAAGAAACACUACAAGUCAAGUUCCCACAAGCUGAAAGUCAUCUCCAAGUCCAUGGGGACCUCGACGACUGGCAUGGCCAACCACGACACAUCAACCCUACCUACGUCUAAUCACGAAUCCUUCAGCCAAGAGACAUUUUCGGAAGCUAAACCUUUCCUUGAAGCCCCCACCCAUAAGAUCAGUGAACACCGUACUCUCUUACCCAAUAAUCCUUCUGUAUUGGACAUCUCUACUCAGGAACAAGCAACCCUUAGUUUGCAGGGGCGAGGGCUGCCUGCUGAUCUGGAGAAAAGAAGUAAGGGUGGAAGCACAUCCGGCCGAAUAAGCAACCAGUCCAAUAGCAUCCAGCGGGUCGCAGAUGGCCGAUUGACACCAAGAGGUGACUUCAUUGAGGAACACACUCUCCUGAGUGGCCGUCACCUCAUUCCCAACUAUUCCCGCACCAGCAGCACUAAGGGCUCUACUUCCCUCCUCGUGCAUCCAACACCAGAUCUGAGAAAUGUUCAAGACCCAGAAAACAAGUAAUUCAAUCCCUGAAGUGGAUCAGAUUUAAAACCUACCAGGAAGGGGGCAGAGGGGAGUUGCUCUUGUAAAGAAUUUUUAAUGCAAAGGACAUGAGUUGUAUCCAAACUCUCUGUACUUUGGAUUUAAAGCUACUUUUUUUUCAAUUUCUAAAAAGCAAUUUAAAUACACUAAAAUAAGACCAUUUUUAAUGGUUUGAACUUUGGUUUUAAUAUAAAGGGAAAGCCAGAUGUCUGAACUACUGUAUAUUGGUAAAUGGACGAGUGUAAUCAUUUUUGUAAAUUUCUCGGCACAAUUUUAAAAGAAGCUAUUGUCUUCUUUCUUUGAUGUUGUGCCAUUUUGUAGUCGAGUUGUACACUGCUGUUUAUAAGGUGGAAAUAUGAACUCAGCCUUAUCUUUGUAUAUUGCAAAGGAAGGACAGAAGCGUUCUUAUGUGGUAUAUUUUUCUAUUAAAUCUAAAGUAGUUUAUACGAAUCAACUGACAUGUUUUUAGUUGAUUUAUUUUAGGGCUUAGUGGACAGUGCUAAUUCAGGGGUUUAAAAGUUUCGCAAUUUAUAAAACCUCUGACAUGCCUUGAAAUGUUUCUUGUUUGUGGUAGGAGCAAAGGAGCGUGCAAGACUGGAAAGGACUAUUGUUUUUUUUUUCUGAUCAGCACCUCCUCCGUCCACAGGUAUUGUUACAGAAUGGGUUUCCGUGUGCCUCCCUAGCAUUCUCUGCUGUUACAGAUAUUAUGGUCGAAUACGGUGGCUCGUGUGUUAUUUGUACCUAAAGAACGGAAUAGGUUGAAGUGGAGGACAUGGGGCUUUUUGCUACGCUUUGGUUUGAAUGCAUUUUUUCCAGGACAAAUGGGAUCGGAAGGGUAGGAAUUUGUUUUAGCAUUUUGAAAUUCAUUCGGCUGGUACAGAAUAUUAUACAUUGAAUACAUCUGGUUGUGGAGAUCGGUAGAAACCCGUGGGCAAAAUGUCAAUAUUGUUUCAUGAAGGAGUGGAUGAUCUCUAGGCAGUUUGUUAAGUGUAUUAUAAAAAAGUGAAGAGGGAAGGCAGAAUUGCUUCAGUUCUCUGAGAAAG